CCCUAAAAAAAUGGCGGGAAGAGGGUAAAGGCCAAGUACGAUCCCCGAUAUUUAAUCCAAUUUCAAAAUUAGGGCAAAGUUUCUUAAACCCUAGUACUACGCUAAUCACAUUUCCCCAAAUUUCUGGGGAAAAAAUGCUAAGAGGAAGAGAAAGCCUGAAAAGAAUCAUCGGAAAACGAAGGAGAUUUCUCCCUAAUCUCUCUCGCAUCCUCUCUUCUUCUUCCUCAUCAUCGUCGAAUUCUCUGAAAGUUGAAAAUGAUGAAAAGUUUAUAAUUAAUGAUUCUGCAAUUACAAAGGCAGAAUCGAAGAAAAUCGACGAUGAUUCAGAAGCUGUAACUUCUGGUAAUGAAUUCGUUAUUUGUCCAGUUUGUAGCAUUCAGAUUCGCAGCGACGAUCGCUCUGUUAAUUCACAUCUUGAUAUGUGUCUUGUCAGAAGCACAAAGCGAAAGCUGAGUCAAAGCACUCUUCUUCAGUUCAGCUUCUGCUCGAAACUCAAAGAUAAUAAGUGUGUGGAUGAGGGGGUUCUUGCUGAAACUAAUGUGAUUCAAGACAGUGAACCCAUGAAGAAUGAUAUUUCCCAGUUGGCCAGCAUUAGCAAUGAUAAAGCAACUUGUGCCAUAAGUCAAUGUGAAAUCAGUGGACCUGAUGAUGGAACCUCAUUGAAGUCAUCGUUAGCUUUAGAUUCUAUUUCACAACAGGAAGAUAGUUUAAACAUUGUUGAUGAUAGUAUAAAUGACAUGGUUGAUACUUAUUCUGUGGACCUUGAAUCUGGAGCAUCAAACUUUGAUAUGGAAGGAAUUCUUAGUGAGCUAUCUGGUAUGGUUUUUAAGACAUGCAUUGUGGGUCGUAAGUAUGUAGAUGCAGCAGAAAUUGUUUCUGGAGCUAGCAUUUAUUUUCUCAGAGACCCUACCAACAUUAAAGAUCCUAAUGCUAUCAAGGUUGUUUCUCCAGAUUCCGGCAGUGGAACAGUCCUAGGUUUUCUUCCUCGGGAAUUAGCUCAGUAUAUGUCUCCUUUGAUUGACAAGUAUCAGAUCAAUUUCAAGGGAGCCAUCACUUCAGUCCCGAAAAAUUCCCUGGAUAUUGUGCCUAUUGAGAUGAUGUGCCUAAAUACACCAUCUUGUAACGAAGUGGCAAAGGAUGACAUACCUAUGUUGAAUUCAUCAUGUAUAAAUAUUUUUCGUCUGAUGAAGUCUGGUGAGAUAUGUCCACAGAGCCCCAUAAAGUACCAGCAGAAUUUUAGGCUCAUGAUUGAAGAGGCUUUAAGGGGAAACCUUUGUCUUUUCACAGAUGCUGAGAAGUUAUUCUUAGAUUCUUUCAGCUCGAUGUCAGAUGACAGCCAAAGACUUUUUGUACGACUCUACACAAGAAAAGGACCAUGGUUUCGCAUAUCUAGUCUUACAUAUCCAGAAAUAUUGGAUUACCAACAAGCAGUUAAUGAGUUGUCAGAAGCAUCCUAUGUUUGUUCUUUUGGCUAUAAGAGUGAAAUUAUUGACAAUGUUCUGGAAGAACUUUUGCACAUUCUUACAGUGAAUGAGCUGUGUGAGAUCUUGAAAGUACUCAAAAAGGAUUUCAAAGUUGGUUUGAGGAAGAAGGAACUCAUUGAAUCACUUCAUUCUUCAUAUAAAGAUGGACUCUGUCCACUCCUCCCAAGUCUAUUGAUUGAUAGAACUUCAACAUGUGUUCGAAUUUCAUCGUUUGCUGAAUCUCUUCUGUGGCGUGUUCAGAGAUUAUUUUUCCUGGAUGGAGAGCAGGAUCUGUCUGCUUUCCUUCUAGUUGACUUGCGAAUACUUAAGUAUCCAGAGUACAAAUGUACUAUUUCCCAUCCAGUAUUCUUUGCCAGAAGUGAUUUGCUUGCUUAUGAAGAGGCCAUUGAAGUUGCACAAAUCAUGGACCAAUCCCUUGACGAAGGCAACUCGAAAUUGGUGUUACAAUGUAUAGAGAUAGCUGAAUUGCAAUUGUCAAACUAUAUUAGAAUUAAAGAUCAAUCAUUGCCUUUGGAAUCAAAGGCACCAUUUCUUCAGUGCUUUUCUGCAGCUUGGGUCAAUUCUAAAAUAGUCUUGCUUGGUGUUUCCUUCCAUGAACAAGAACGCAGGUACCAAGACGCCAUCAAAUUAUUGAAGCUGUUGCUCAACAGUUGUGCUUCUGAUGGAAGAAGGGGAUACUGGACGUUAAGAUUGUCAGUUGAUUUAGAGCACAUGGGCUGUAUUGAAGAGAGUCUCUGUGUUGCAGAAGAUGGGAUACUGGACCCUUGGGUUCGUGCUGGCUCAAGAAUGGCAUUGCAGAGGCGGGUCAUACGCUUGGGUAAGCCACCAAGGCGGUGGAAAGUCCCAGGCUAUGCUGCUUCUGUCAAAAGAAAGAUCACUGAGGUCCAUAUCCAAGGAAGACCACUGAAUGGAAAAGUAGGAAUGAAGAGCAGAUUUUAUGGUGAAGAUGGUGAGCAAUGUGGAGUAGAAGAGCUUGCUUUACAGUUCUAUGCUGGAGAAGGUGGUGGCUGGCAGGGUGUCCAUACAGAGAGUGGCAUUUGGCUGACUAUUUAUGGUCUUCUUAUGUGGGAUGUAAUUUUUUCAGAUGUACCAAAUACCUUCCGCACUAAAUUUCAGAAUGCACCUUUAGAUAUGGACAGUGACGAUUUCUAUGUUGCCAGAAAGAGUAUUAUUGAACUUCACUUGCAAAAGAUUCAUGAGGGUAUGGCUGAGGCUAUCCUCAUAAUGUCGUGGGAGUUGCAUUUUGGAACUCUUUGCAGGGGUGUUAAUUGGGAAAGGAAUUCACUUUCUGAGCUUCGUGCAGCUGUUACAUGCAUCGGUGGGCCUUGCCUAGCAAAUCUUUGCCGGCUUUUGGCUCAGGAUUACCGUAGUUGGACUAGUGGAAUGCCUGAUCUACUGUUAUGGCGCUUUCAUGGAGAGUACAAGGGUGAAGCGAAACUUGUUGAAGUCAAAGGCCCUAGAGAUCGACUCUCUGAACAACAGCGAGCAUGGUUGCUUACAUUGAUGGAUUGUGGUUUCACUGCAGAAGUCUGCAAAAUAAUCCCUCCUGCAGUGACAUGAAGUUGCUAAGUUGCUUACACAGGCACUUGAAAUUCAAUGAAUGUUCUAUCUCAGAGCUCAAUCAUUCUGUUGCAUUUUUGGUUGUGCUGAGACUAAGCGGAUAUUCGAAGUUCAGAAGUUGGCCUUCACAGAGAAGAUCAAAGUGAUGAUUGUUGUGAACAUUAUUUCUGCACCAGCUUGGAGCAGGGGAAGGAAAUGAAGCAUACAUCUUCUGUUACUUAAAUUGUAAUUUAGACCGGGUGUAGGGUUCACCUUUUACUUAUCUUUAAACCUUGCUAUAGUUACCUAGUGGGUAGUUUAUUAAUAUGAGAUUGAGUAUAUAUAGCAAAAUUUAAUUUGUAUAGCUGAGUUUGUUUGUAAUCUGCACUAAGUUUAUUUUAUCCAAAUUUCACAGUUUUUUUUAAUCUUUUUUCGACAAUUGUAAGUUGUAACCAAUUAUUAGGCCUCUAUUAAUCUUGCAACUGUUACUAGUUGGACCAUUGAUUUUUA